CCUGGAACUGGAUCAUGGAUAAAUUGCACGAUUAUCAAGGAGUCGCGGGGCGAAUGCAUGGGGUGCGUGAUAAGAUCAGUGAAAAGUGGAGUGAGUUCAAAGACUGGAAGAAUGAAAUACCAACGAAUCAGGGAAUCGGUGGGGUGGUUGCUCAUUUUCGGAAACCACCGAAAUUGGAGAGAACUCUGGAGGAUUACUCUCAUGUUUACAGGCAAAAGACACGGGGAGAACUGGUGAGGAUAUCAGCAGCUGUAAUGGGAAUUGAAUUUUCUUAUGCGGCUGAAACAGCUUUUGUGUCACCUACACUAUUAAAAAUCGGUGUAGAUCAUCAGCACAUGACACUGGUGUGGGCCCUGAGUCCCCUCGUGGGAUUUUUCGUCACACCGAUCCUCGGCAGUGUCAGUGACCGAUGCAGAUAUAAGUUCGGAAGGAGAAGACCGUUCAUCGUGCUACUGUCACUCGGUGUUUUCCUGGGAUUACUAUUGGUACCCAAUGGAGAGGAUAUGGGCUACGCUUUUGGUGAUCCCAGACCACUGCCAAAUCACACAGCUCCCCUCGGCCAUCGAGUCACAGCUAAAGUCGCGAAUGAAACCGGCAGUGCAGUCCCACCGUUGUCCCACUGCUGGGGAAUAUUCUUUACCAUUUUAGGAACUGUUUUACUGGAUUUCGAUGCUGACGCAUGUCAAAGUCCAGCGAGGGCUUAUCUUCUAGAUGUAACGAUACCGGAGGAUCAUGCCAGGGGUCUCAGCACGUUCACCAUUAUGGCUGGUCUUGGUGGAUUUAUGGGAUAUGGUUUAGGGGGAAUAAAUUGGGAUGCCACGAGUAUCGGGGUUGCACUCGGUGGACAUCUCCACGCAACUUUCACGCUUAUCACCAUUAUCUUUAUAAUCUGCGUUUCUUACACAGUGACGAGUUUCAAGGAGAUUCCGCUUUAUCUCCUGGAGAGGGAUGAGUAUCAGAAUAUUCUACGCGCGCAACAGGAGACAAAAUCAGAUAAUGAGUACGAUAAAAUAACCGGUGAUGAGUGCACAUCCUACGGCGCAGUAUCAACAGAAACCGCUGAAAGACAUGACGAUUUGAUACUGAAGCCGCUUCCGGUAGAUACGAAGCGACACGGAUCGGUUCCAAUGGUCCCCGAAAUCUCCUCACCGGGAAGCUACGAUAACGACAUACAAGAGAAUCAGAAUAUUGAAACAAGAGUAACACUGGGUGAAUACCUGAUGUCAAUAGUCUACAUGCCCCACAGUGUUCGUAUGGUGUGUCUGACCAAUCUCUUCUGCUGGAUGGCACACGUGUGCUACUCCCUCUACUUCACUGAUUUCGUUGGCGAAGCGGUUUACGGGGGUAAUCCUCAGGCGCCGGAGGGAUCAGUGGAACGAGAACUCUAUGAGUCGGGCGUGCGUUUCGGAUGCUGGGGAAUGUCGAUGUAUUCACUAUCGUGCGCCUGUUAUUCUCUGAUUAUCGAAAAAUUAAUAGAAUUAUAUAAGGCACGUAAAGUUUACAUCUACGGCCUUCUGUUCUACAGCUGUGGAAUGAUGAUGAUGGCAAUUACAAAACAUCCAGCUGGUGUUAUAAUUUUUUCAUGGACAGCAGGAGUCAUGUACUCCACUUUAUUCACUAUGCCGUAUUUAUUGAUUGCACGAUAUCAUGCCCUCUCCACGUUCGCUGUGACAGCAGAUGGUGAGGGCAUUCACAGCGGUGGAGUGCGCGGCCUAGGCACAGACGUGGCAAUCGUUUCCUCCAUGGUAUUUCUAGCCCAAUUUCUCCUAUCUUGCUGUCUGGGGACAAUCGUAAGUUUAUCAGGAACAACAACAGCCGUUGUAUUCGUCGCAAGCACACUAGCCGCUUGCGGCGCACUAUCAGCAACUCAGGUGAUGUAUCUAGAUCUCUAA